AGCAGAUUUGUGUCACCAUGGAGCUUACUGGCGCACCGACUGACACCAGCAGUCCUCUCCUCUCAAUUUUCAUACAUCAGAAUGUAUUUGUGCACGUUCUUCUUGCCUUUGCAGCAAUUUGCGUCUGCACAAGACUCAUUUCGGGGUAUCGUUUCAAUGUGAUCAAGGACUGCCGAACCGCUGGCAUUACACCUCCAACACUGCCACACUGGCUUCCAGGGCUUCGUCAUGCCCUUCACAUGGCCUACAGCGCUAGUCAAUUUGUCGCCAGAUCUUUGGACACAUAUGGUGAUGGAACACCUUUUUUCGUUGAUGCGGCAGGAGAGAAGAUUCUCAUCCUCUUGGACCCUAAGCAUGUGAAGAAAGCGCUGGCAUCCCCAGACCUUGAUGCAAACAUCUUCGUUCACAACAAGAUUAUGGGUCAACUGAUGGGUAGUCCACAAGCCGCAAUUGAUUACUAUAGAACGCCCGGACACACCAUGAAUGAGGAGGCAAUGCUGCAGAUCAGAACCCACACGACUGGAUCACAAUUGAUCUCGAUGGAUCAGAAGUUGCUGGAGAUCUUCGAGCGCAACCUGUCCAAGCUUCUGCCAUCUGCUCACCAAGAGGGCUGGAUGGACAUUCCGGACCUAUACACCUUCUUCAAGCUGCAAGGUACACUGGCUGUUGGCGAAACUAUCCUAGGCACUGCGAUCCAUGAGAGCUAUCCACGAAUCGCCGAAGAUCUGUGGACGUUCAUUGAAGGCACCGACAUCCUGCUUCUGGGUCUUCCUCGAUGCUUUGCUCCAAAGUCUCAUGGCGCGCGCGACCGCCUGUUGAAGCACAUCAAGACAUGGGGUCGUAAAUCCGACGCUCUGCGUGAAAAGAAUGCGGUAAAUAAAGAUUGGGACGCUAUCGCCGGAUCCACGCUUAUGCAGGAGCGCGAGCAGAUGUACAGCGCUCUCCCAGGGCACGAUGAUGAUGGCAGAGCGGCUCAGACUCUCGGCUUGCUGUACGGGGGCACGAGUCUUAGCGUCCCUGUGACUUUCUGGUUCCUGUACGAGAUCCUGCGCGACCCAGCUCUCCACAAGAAAGUCUUCGACGAGCUCCACCUCCACUCUGCCGCCGUCCCAGCCACAACCGACUUCGCCGGACUAGCCACCUCGCCUUUCCUCCAGUCGCUUCACGCCGAAGCCGUGCGAUUCUACACCCGCAACGUGGCCGCCCGCGAAGUCGUAGCCCCAAUCUUCCAACUCGACGACCGUUAUGUAGUCGAAAAGGGCGUCACCGUCCUCAUCCCCAACGGCAACACCGCCCGCUUCACCCAAGAGUGGUCCCGCUCGCGCCCGCAAGCCAUCAAACAACCACUGACGCAAUUCUGGCCCGAGCGAUUCCUCGUCCGUGACGGCAAGAGCGAGCGCUAUAAUGAGUCUGGUCUAAGCGGAAAUUGGACGUCAUUUGGCGGCGGCGAGCAUCGCUGCCCUGGGCGCUUUUUUGCCCGCGACAUUGCGCUUGUUGCGCUGACGCUGUUUCUGGGCAAGUAUGAGGUGCAGAUCGUGGAUCCGGAGGGGGCGAGGAGGUUCGAUCCGGUCUGGAAUGAGAUUGCGUUUGGGACUAUGACGCCGAAGGGGAAGAUUGGUGCUAGGAUACGUUUGAGGAAGGCGUGAGCGUGACUGCGGAUGUGGGAGACGAACCCGGGUUCUCGCAUUGUGUCGAGUUAAAUAUAUUAGGUAUGCACAGACUCAAGCCUUGCAUGACUGUCUCUUGUGGGUGCCCUGCUCCGGAUAGCAAGUUCUUCCGAGUGCUAUAAGUGGAACCCGAACUUUAAAUGCAUUCAAGUAGUCAUUUUAAUAGCCAAGAGAAUGUGGCAUUUGUGGAGUUC